ACGGUCGAUGUUGUAUCCAAUAAAAACAUUUAGGUACCUACCUAUUUAUAAUCUACAAUGUUCGGGAUACGUAAACAAAUAAAAUCUUUAGUCUUGACAGUUUAUUCCAUUUAAUUGACUGCUUCUCAGUGAUAAGUGAACCUCUUGAUGAAUAGGUUGAUACAGCGUUAACAUUCUAAAAAGAUGACACGAAACAUUCUUCAUUCAAGCUUGCUAAAUGCAUCUUUCUCAAUAUUUUUUCAAAUUUUCUGUCGUCUAAUAACCUUCACAAUAAAUGCAUUCAUUUUGAGGAAUGUAGAAAGCGAAGUACUUGGGAUAAUGAAUGUUAGAUUACUGUUACUUGAGAGCACGCUUCUUUUCUUUUCUAAAGAAUCAAUAACACGUGCGGCUCUAAGCUCAACUACGCAAGAAAAGAACAAAUGUAAUUGGGCACAGUUAGUGAAUCAAAUGUGGAUCACUGUACCGAUGUGUUGCAUUCUGUCGCUUCCAUGUUUGUAUAUUUGGCUGAACUUCCUCUCUCCAGUCGAUGAAGCUUAUGAAAGCGCCUAUAGAUUUGGCUGUUAUGCCAUGGGGUUUUCCUGUAUUUUCGAACUAACUGCUGAAGCGCCGGCGUUUAUUGGUCAAGUUUUUUGCUUCGUUAAACUGAAAGUCAUACUUGAUACGCUUCACAUAUUCAUCCGUUCAGUGGUAUUUAUUGUGCUUGUAAUGAACAAUAAAGACAUUGCCAUUUACGCAUUUGGCAUUGCGCAACUUACUAGUUGCUUGACGAUUAUUCUUGGAAAUUAUGGUUUCUUUUAUUUUUACAUCAAACGAUUGACGAUUUAUCGAAACGAUAGAAAGAAAAAUGACAAUGACGAGAAUCAAAUUGUAAAGAAAUUCGGACCUUACUACGAAAACAUGAAUGAUUUUCCUUUCACAUCGGUUCAUGAUAUGGUGCCAGGAGUUAUAAAGAACUCUGGUAGUAUUUUUAAUUCCGAUCUCAAUAAAUUAGUGUUAAGCUUUAUCAAACAAGGUGUUCUCAAACAAGUUCUGACUGAAGGAGAACGAUAUGUGAUGUCGGUAAGUCCUGUGCUUAGUUUUAGUCAACAAGCAACUUAUGAUAUUGUCAACAAUAUGGGAAGUUUAGCAGCAAGAUUUAUAUUCCGACCUAUUGAAGACAGCAGUUUCUUCUACUUUACUCAAACUAUUGCACGAGACAUCGAUCUUCAAGAACAGAAGAAAGAAAAAGUUAAAGAAGCAAGUCAAGUAUUGAGAAAUGUCUGUAAAGGUGUUACUUCGAUUGGACUGAUUGGAUUUGUUUUUGGUCAAUCCUAUGCUGGAACAGUUUUACUUCUUUACGGUGGACAUGAUUUUGUUGCCGGCGGAUUACCUGAACUUCUUCUUCGUUGGCAUGCUUUUGCAAUCGUUCUUUUAGCUGUAAAUGGAAUCACUGAAGGUUACAUGUUCGCAACAAACACCAGCAAGCAAAUCGACACGUACAACUAUUACAUGGCAAUUUUUUCUGUAACAUUUCUAAUUCUUUCUUAUCAACUCACGAACUUCUUUGGACCGGUUGGAUUCAUUUUGGCAAACUGCUGUAACAUGGGAUUAAGAAUUUGUUACAGUUUUUCAUACAUUCGUAAGCAAUUUAAAAAUAUGGAUGAGAAUCCACUUGAUGGUUUAAUACCAGGCCGAAUUUUUAUAACAAUUUUAAUUGCAUCCGGAGUUGCAUGCAAAUAUUCAGAGUAUGAAAUACUUCCGUACUCAAUGCUGUAUCAUGUUUUGUUUGGUGGUCUCUUCACAUUCAUCACAUUGCUUUCCUGGGGUUAUGAAAACAAACAUCUCCUGAUCAUUGCGUAUCAAAAAUUUUGUAGUAGAUCAAAAAGUGAUUAAAUUUUUUGUUUCUUUAAAUAAUAAAGUUUAUUCAAAUAUUUAUUCUUAGACAGAA